UAGAGACCUCGAACAGUCGAGUGUCGUCGACACAAAAGUGUAGAUGUGAUCUGGGUUUUUAUUAAUAUAAGCGCCCGCACUAGCAUCGCAUCCUUGCUGCACUUCACCUCUGGACCCAGCCCCCUCUUUUCACUGCACAUUGCCCCUCAUGAUGGAACGCAUCCCACAGCGUGCACCCCACGCCGUGGACUGCAUUGUUUCUCUGGACCAUCUCCCGGUGUCGACCGAAGACGGAGACAUGGGAUGCAACCCAAGGCAUCCUGUUUUGCUUCUUCCCCUCCCUCAGGAGGCUUCCAGCUUCCAGAAAGGUGACUCUGAGACCGAAUACGUCCGCAGGCGGAUUACCCGUCGUACAGUUUCUGCAGCGCAAGCCGGAAGCAGCCGGUGGAUAUCAGAUUCCUAUUAUCAUAUCAAAGUGAGGCGCAGAAAAAGAGCAGCAUCGCAUCUCGCUUCGGCGGGAAGUAACCGCGUCUUACCUGGAAGUGGAGGCUUAUUAUUCCUUGCACCCGUCACGGGACUCUUCGCCCUCUUCCGCCCCCGCAGGCGUUCGGAGCAGGUCACUUGUGGCUUCUCCUGCGGUGGUUGGAGGGUGGUGGAGGACGAGCACUUUGGGAUACGGAUGGGAUCUCAUGCUUUUUCGGGGUCCAGGGGAUUAUUGGGAGAAGAAACAAAGGAGGGGACGAGUGGAAAAGCGCCACUGCCACUUCCUCCCUCCCGUCUCGCCUGUCUCUGCGGAAAGCGCGCCCUCAAUCAAGCCUUCCUAACGCUACCGCCGUGCUCCCGUCCCAGCCGCUCAAACUGUGCGCAGGUGAUGUCGUGAUAGCAUAGGUGGGUUGGUAUGCCGCUCCGAGAACAUCGAAAUGCUUUU